GAAAGAUUCAAUCUUAUAUUUUGUUGUAAUACUUAUACCAUAUUGCAUAGAGAGUAUAUAUUCUCCUUUCGCACCAUACCUUUUUAUCAUUAUUAUCAUUCAAUUUUUCUCUCUUCUUUAUUUUUCUGAAACUCAUACAUGAAGAUGGAAGCAUCACAUAUGCUGAGCAUGUAUCAUAGAGAAGUAUCAAAUGAUGAAGAUCAUAAGUUGAUGGGUAUGAUAAGAAGAGAUCAUGAUGGUGAUUAUGAAGAUGAUCAUUCGGAUAUUAGUGAAUCAUCAACAUCAUUCUCCUUUGAAGGCUCUAAUGUCUCCAAUGAAUCAUCUUCAUCAGAUUUGCUUGAUGAUGCAUCAUCAUCACCAUCAUCAUCAUCAUCAUCUUCUUCACCAUCAUCCCCACGACAAUCAAAUGGACCGUUGUAUGAAUUAUCAGAGCUCAUAAACCAACUUCCCAUCAAGAGAGGGUUAUCAAAAUUCUACCAAGGGAAGUCUCAGUCAUUCACAUCACUAGCAAAGGUGACAAGUUUAGAAGAUCUUGCAAAGAAAGAGACUCCUUAUCAAAAGAAAUUAAAAGCUUGUAAAAGUUAUGGAGGUGGCUUAAACAAUUUUAGGGCAUAUACUUCACCAAAAUCUGCCAUAUCAAAGAAGGUUUCAAAGGGUUCUUUAUCAAAUUUAUCUUGUUUAAGUAGAAAAGGUAGCUUUAUAGGUAGUUGUAGACCUCCUAUAAGUCCUCUACAAUGCAAAGUAGCUUCUGAUUUUUGUUAAAGGACAAUUUUUCAUUACUUAUAUAGUAUAUGUCGAGAUUAUAUAGUGUGUGAACAUAAAAUGAUAUAUAUUUAUGUAUAUAAUAUAUAGUGUAUCAAAACUUUGUAUUAUGAGCUUCCUCAAUUUAUUUGAGAGAAGAUUUCGAAAUUUUAUCGGUUAGUUUAUUAUUUAUGAAUUCA